UCCUUAGGGCCGACGACUGCUUCUGCGCUUCUCGGAAGCUGGAUGCAGUGGCCAUCGAAGCCAAGUUUAAGCAGGACCUGGGCUUCCGGAUGCUGAACUGUGGGCGGACGGACCUGGUGAAGCAGGCGGUGUCUCUGCUGGGGCCUGAUGGGAUCAACACCAUGAGCGAGCAGGGCAUGACCCCCCUGAUGUAUGCCUGCGUCCGUGGGGAUGAGGCAAUGGUUCAGAUGCUGCUGGAUGCCGGAGCUGACUUGAAUGUGGAGGUUGUCAGUACUCCACAUAAAUAUCCAUCCGUCCACCCCGAGACCCGCCAUUGGACGGCUCUGACUUUUGCUGUGUUGCAUGGACAUAUUCCUGUAGUUCAGCUCCUCCUGGAUGCUGGGGCCAAGGUGGAAGGCUCUGUGGAGCACGGCGAGGAGAAUUACUCAGAAACGCCACUCCAGCUCGCAGCCGCUGUAGGAAAUUUUGAGCUGGUUAGUUUGCUGUUGGAGCGUGGUGCGGAUCCCCUGAUAGGAACCAUGUACAGGAAUGGAAUUUCUACAACCCCCCAGGGUGAUAUGAACUCUUUCAGCCAGGCUGCAGCCCACGGACACAGGAAUGUGUUCCGCAAACUGCUCGCUCAGCCAGAGAAGGAGAAGAGUGAUAUCCUGUCCCUGGAGGAGAUUCUGGCCGAGGGCACUGACCUGGCAGAGACAGCCCCGCCCCCUCUGUGUGCCAGCCGCAACAGCAAGGCCAAACUGAGGGCCCUGAGGGAGGCCAUGUAUCACAGCGCUGAGCAUGGCUACGUGGAUGUCACAAUUGAUAUCAGGAGCAUAGGUGUCCCGUGGACUCUGCACACAUGGCUGGAGUCUUUGCGGAUCGCCUUCCAGCAGCACCGCAGGCCUCUCAUCCAGUGCUUGCUAAAGGAGUUUAAGACCAUUCAGGAGGAAGAAUACACGGAGGAGCUCAUUACCCAAGGCCUGCCCCUGAUGUUUGAGAUCUUGAAAGCGAGCAAGAACGAGGUGAUCAGCCAGCAGCUGUGUGUCAUCUUCACGCACUGCUACGGGCCCUACCCCAUCCCCAAGCUCACGGAGAUCAAACGGAAACAGACCUCACGCCUGGAUCCUCAUUUUCUUAACAAUAAAGAAAUGUCUGAUGUUACCUUUCUGGUGGAAGGAAGACCAUUUUAUGCUCACAAAGUGCUGUUAUUUACAGCCUCUCCAAGAUUCAAAGCACUCCUCUCCAGCAAGCCGACAAAUGACAGCACCUGCAUAGAGAUCGGUUAUGUGAAGUACCCCAUCUUUCAGCUGGUCAUGCAGUAUCUCUACUGUGGUGGCCCAGAGUCCCUUCUCAUCAAAAACAACGAGAUUAUGGAGCUUCUCUCUGCUGCUAAGUUUUUCCAGCUGGAGGCUUUGCAGCGACACUGUGAGAUUAUCUGUGCAAAAAGCAUCAAUACUGACAACUGUGUGGAUAUUUACAACCAUGCCAAGUUUCUUGGAGUCACAGAGCUCUCAGCAUAUUGUGAAGGCUACUUUCUCAAAAACAUGAUGGUCCUCAUCGAAAACGAAGCUUUCAAGCAGCUGCUAUAUGACAAAAAUGGUGAAGGGACGGGCCAGGAUGUGCUCCAGGACUUACAGAGGACGUUGGCCAUCAGGAUUCAGUCUAUCCACUUGUCAUCUUCCAAAGGUUCUGUUGUAUGAAACCUCCAGUGCAGCAAAUGCUUCCUGGGAACUUUCCAGUUCUCCUGCUGCAUUAGCUUUACACAAACACAUACAAAUUCCACCUGGAGUCUGUUUUUGGCUGGGACAAGGAGCUGCUCUACUGCCUCAGCUUCUAUUGAAUAAGCAAAUUCAGCUCCCAUGUGUUCCUGUUGAGAAACAAAAGACAUUCCACUGGUCUGCAGAUCAGAUCACAGCUGAGUCCAGAGCCUGGAGGUCAACAUAGGGCAGCCAAGCUAACCUUAACCAAGAGCACCCCUGGGGCCCUUGAACACCCACUGCUGGGACCACUGUCCAAUGGAUCGAUCAAGAUCUAAAGGUUGUUGGGGUUCCAGGUUGACAGCUGGAGAACUCAAACGUACCAACCCUGAAAAGCAUUGUAUUACACAUUAAGGACCUUGGUAGCUGCAGUACAGCAAGCAGCCACCGUAGCAAAUUGGUGAGGCUGUUACCCAUAAUGAGGAAAUAAUUUGGCAAAUUUUUAGGGGUGGGAACUUUUUAAAAUGUUCAUAAAAAAAAAAAAGGGCAGUCUUGUAGUUUAAAAUAUAUUUCUAAAAGCUUAACAGUUCAUUUUCAACUGAAUUGUGUUUAGGGAUCUGUGUUUUGAGGGGUUUUUUUCUGUUUGUUUUUUUUUAAACAGUAAGUCACAGGUCCACACUGUGUAAACAUGCAUCUGAUAAGAUAUUGCUGAUAAUCUAUACAAGGUGAAAUAAUCUUGCCUUAGUGAUCAUGGUUACACAAAAGAGGUGCACUGCCAAAAAUUAUCACUAUUUCAAUAGUUGAAAACAACCUGCAUGCUAAUCGUGGUUUCGGGGUGAGAGAAACACACCCCCACAUAACAAAACACGCAUUUGCAUGGGCCCAAACCUGUGAAAUGUUACGUUUGUGCUUCAUUUUUGCCAAGGUAAAAAUGUUCAUUACUUCUUGCUAGAAGUCCAUUUGGUGAAACUAACAUAACCAUUUCAAUUCCUAAUUAUGAAUGAUUCUAGGAUGCUUUUGCAGAAAUGUAUUCAUAGAUGAUGCUGAAUAGGGGGUGGGGGGAGCACGUCCGAGAAUUUACUAUUAAUCCCAGAGUUUUCUCUGUAUUCUCAGAAGAUGUUAAUAGUUUGUUACUAGCCAGAGAAUAUGACUAUGUUAGAUUAUUUUUAAAGAUAAAACAUGUAUGAUAGGAUGGAUUCUUUCUGUAUUUGGAGAGUGUACAGUAUAAGGUUAUCUAUAAUGAAAGUUUAUAUCAACAAGGUUCUAUUUGCUCUGCCAUAUGCUAAAAGCAAAAGAGAUUGGUGAAGUGCCACAGUACUCCAAAUAAUUUUUCAGUUGCAGCCUUUUAUCUCGUCCUUUAAUUUGAAACCUAGAUACAUGUAGUAAAAACUAGGAGAAUGAAUUUUACCCUCUAGGAUGGCGAAGUUUUGUUGAUAAACCUAUUUCCUAGCAUGCCUUUGGGAAGUCGUGCCAGACCCUAGAUUCUAAAGGUCUUGCUGUUCUUCUGUGGUCCUUGCUCCCUGAGCCAUUGUUCAGAGGACUGAUGUCAAGUUCUAUUCUGUGGGUGUGGCCCGUGGAGCACCCAGGCCACGUCUGUCUACCAUAUUGGCUCUUCUGUGAUGCUGAUACACAGGCCUCUCUUCCACGUGGUCCUUUGCAAACCUCCCCGAAUCCCUACCAUAAAUUAGGAAGGAAAAAAAAAAAAAACCUUCCUGUGGAGGAGUCCAAGUAACAGAUACACAUGGCACGUGUGUCGGGGCUGCCUCCUCCUCCUCCUCUGUGUCCUCAGAGAUGCUGCUUGGAUCUUUCGUUAAAGCUGGCUUCCCUGUGAAUGUCUAAUGCUAGUUCAGGGCCUGCAGGCAUUGAUUUGUACAGCGGCAACUCCCGACGGGGCUUCUGUUAUAGUUUGGUGUGCUUUCUCUGUCAUUAAAGAAAUGAUUUUCCCAA